ACUGAUUAAUUUUUGAAUUAAUUUUAAUUUAAUGCAUACUAAUUGUACUUUCGCCUGCUUAAGAUGUCCUCGAUUCAAACUCCUAAUCCUAUGUAAUAAUAAAGUUACUGUGUGUGUUUUACAUAUUACUUAGAAUACUUUAAAACUGCACCCAUAAUUCUAAAGUUUUGAAAAAUGGAAGGUGGCGAGUGGAGAAAUAAUAUAAUAAAUCAGCUACGAGGUCGAAACAAAAGGGAAACUUUUGCGUUUCAGGAUAUAUUUACAUUUCAAAGCAGGUUAUUUGAUAAUGUAAACACACUUAAAAAUGAAAAUCUACAGCUGACUUUAGUCAAUGAGAGAAUAAGAUUUUCUAACACAGAAAGUGUUUCUUCUGGAGGAGGUGCCGUUAAUGAAAAGAUUCAAGCCCUAGAACAAAAAAUAUUAAGCCAGCAAGAAGAGUUGACAUCAUUACACAGGAGAAGGGGCGAGAGUUCUCAACAAAUAAUAAACUUGAAUGCUAAAGUCCAUGAUUUAGAGAAGAACUUACAAGCGAAGGAUAUCAUAAUUUCAGAAAACACAGCUCUUAUUGCAUCACUUCGGGCUGAAAUUCAGAUGUAUGAAAAUAAUAUGACCGAGUUACAAGGACUUAAUCAAGUCUUAAGAGAUGAACACCAAGCACUACAAAUAGCAUUUGCAGCUAUUGAAGACAAGUUACGGAAAGCUCAGGAUGAGAACCGUUCGCUAGUGGAGAGAUUGAUAAAGUACAAAGCGAAAGAUGCUGACAAAAUGAAUGAAGAAAACGAACAUUUUCUUAAGUCAAGCAACCCUACUGCGUUUUUGAUCAACACAUUUGGUAGAGUUAGUUUCGGAAAAAAGAGUGAUAAAGUUAAAAAAGAGCUGGAGGAGGCAGCAAGAGAAGGUGGGAGUCGAAGCAGUGGUUCUGGAGGUAGUGACGAUAAAAUUAUGGAUUCUCUGCCGUACUAUGCAACGUCUCUACCGAAUAAAGUUGCUUUGAGAUUUGAUGCUCAUGAUGGCGAAGUCAACGCUGUUAAGUGGAGUCCAACUGAUAGGAUUGUUGCUACAGGCGGAGCUGAUAGGAAAGUUAAAUUAUGGGAUGUGUCUAAAUUAGGUACAUCAGAAAACAGAGGUACCCUUGUCGGAUCAAAUGCUGGUGUGAUGUCAGUGGACUUCGAUUCAACUGGUGCCUUCAUUGUCGGAGCUUCGAAUGACUUCGCGAGUCGGGUGUGGACUGUUGGUGACCAACGAUUAAGGCAUACGUUAACUGGACACAGUGGGAAAGUUAUGGCAGCUAAAUUCCUGGGAGAACCUUCGAAAGUUAUCACCGGAAGUCAUGAUCGGACUUUGAAAAUAUGGGAUCUUAGGAGUAGGAUGUGUACAGAAACCAAAUUCGCGGGAUCAUCUUGCAAUGACCUCGUAACGUCAGACGGCGCAGGUUCCACCAUCAUUUCAGGACACUUCGACAAGCGGAUACGAUUUUGGGAUAUACGAACAGAAAUGUCAGCCAAUCACAUUAUGCUUCAGGGCAAAGUCACCUCACUCGAUCUCAGUAGAGAUAGUAAUUAUUUAUUAGCGUGCGUGCGAGAUGACACAAUACAACUCAUAGACUUAAGAAUGAAUACUAUUGUGCGGUCCUUCAGCCACGACUCCUUCAAAGUGGGUUGCGAUUGGUCGCGGGCCGCCUUCGGCCCGGGCGGGCGGCUUCUCGCGGUGGGCGCGGCGGACGGGGCCGCCUACGUAUGGAAUACACAUUCCGGAAAACUAGAAGCAGUACUCAAAGAUCACUCAACUGCAGUGACAGCCGUGUCAUGGCACCCGCAGUCAGGUCUUCUCGCAUCUGUGGAUCGCGCGAAGCGAGCUGUCAUUUGGGGUGAUUUGUGACAGGCAUGGCAAACUCAGCCUCCGCAGGUUCCUAAACCCGAGACUCCAACAGCGGAAAGCGCUGACGGCGGUGAAAGCGGAGAGGUGAUUGAGUUUCUACGCGGCAUCACAACAGAUAUUCUUCAUAGACUCACGUAAUACACAGUUUUUACUGACAAGCAAGGCUUGUAUGUGAAUUUCUUUAGUCUCGAAAUUUGUAUGAUUAGGAUCUUGUGUAAGUCACGUGCUUUGAUUGAAUUCUUAUAUAACGAUGUGUCAAUAAUAUCAAAACACAUCAGCUUUGAACUCAUUUCAAAGCUGAUGUAUUACUUUUAAAAAUUAAAUUUUAAACUAUAAAAUGGAAUUUUGUACAAAUUAAGAAAUGGAACAAAAUUAAUUGCUGUUAUAGGCGCCGUAAUUAUUUAGAAACCGCUAAAUAUAUAUAUAUAUAUAUAUAUAUAUAUAUAUAAUAUCGAUGUUUCCUUAAAUCAUUUGUAACCAAAUUAAUAACGACGAAAACAAACCCACGCGUUCAUGUGUUGGCUUUUUUGUGUGUUGGUAAAAACACACACAUAAAAAAGUCGAAGGAAACACGGUUGAUUAGAGCCUUAAGCAGUCUCCAGCUUUUUCAUUUGUCUAACAUGUACUAUUUAACGGAUAUCGAUCUUGCGAAUAAAAAAAUAAAAAUUGUAUUUGUAAAUACUAAUUGGGUGCUAUGUUUAAGUCAUGUUUUUACGCGCGAUUGCACUACACGCUGUCUUCCGAAUUAUUUUCAUUCCUUAUUAACUGGGUGACGUAAUUACGGUUUUUGGAGCCCGACGUUGGGGCCUCACUAGGGGAACGUACGUUCUGUAGUCUAAGAUUUAAGACACUAAUUGUGUCGUUUAAUUUUCAACUUGAUACCAUUAUAUAGUAUAAUUAUAAUGUCGUGAUCUGAAUCCGUGAGGCUUUACCGUCGUCACCAUUGCUAUCUAAACACAUUGCCUACAACUAUAAUAACUUAAAGGUCUCAGGUUCUAUUUAUGGCAAAAUAACAUAUAUCUGCUUAAUAGGCACAGAAGACUUACCUUGACAAAGGGACCCUAAAAACAAUAUCAAUUAAACAAGCUCCAAGAUUGGGACUAACGGCCGCUUUCUAUACUGCUUCUAUAAUCUAACAAUAUUUCUAAUCUAGAUUUUCACAAAUUUAGAUGGAUACAUGUCAGAAUUUAUACUGUCGAAUUCAAAGAUAUUUUACAAAAACGAUCCAUCGAUCGGUUAUUGAAAAGUAUUUUAUGAGAGAUGGAUUGAAAUAUCAACCUCUAAUCGUAAAAAUUGGAUUGGGAUUAAGUAUAGAAAGCGGUUGGUAGACUAAAAACAGUUACAAAAUCUUGUAACUUAACGUUCAUUUUAAUUCAUAUGUUAAGCUUCGAAAGCUAAAUAAAUGGCUAUUUCAGCCCCUCCCUGUGGUUACGCCACUGAUUGUUAACUUAAGUUUUAAUUAUAACAUUAUUUCUUGGAUCGUUUCGUUAAAAGGUUUUUUCUACAAAGUGUUUUUUUGAUAGAUAGAGAAAUAGUUCAAAAAUACGUGGCCACGACGCCAAAUAUUCAAGACGAUAUAAUUAUAUUCAAUAGUUUCAUACAAAGUUAAAAAGCAAAUUCUAAAUAAAGGAAACUUUGCAAUAUACAAGUUUUUUAUAAGGCUGUCCUUAAAUUAGAGCAGUGUUGGCCUAGUGGCUUUAGCGUGCGACUCUUAUUCUUGAGGUCGUAUGUUCGAUCCCCAACUGUGCACCAAUGGCUUUCUCUCUAUGUGCACAUUUAACAUUCGCUCGAACGGUAAAGGAAAACAUUAGAUGAUACCGGCUUGCUUCGACAGCGUUUGUCAGGCACAGGAGGCUGAUCACCUGCUAGCCUAAUUAAAAAAGGCCAAAUUUAUGAGGCCCGGUCCUAAAUAGUAAUUUUACUAAUGAUUUUUUUAAUUUCAUUCGCAUUAAAAAGGCUUUUUCACUUUUAAUAGUUCUACCGUCAUUUUGAUAGCUAGUAUUUCGUCAUAUUACUCAGUAAAGUACGAUAAUAAGUCAGUUAAUUAAUGCGACUAAACCAUUGUUGCUGUGGUAUAACAAAUAACCCUUACUACAUAUUUGUUUUCCCAACUUGGCCGGGAUCAAAGGGCACACGCUUCCGACUCAUUAGCACACAAUGCGACUGGCGGACAAUUCUCGCGAUCAAUAAACCUAUCUAUUACUGAGAUAGCAACUUUGUCACAGCUAAUUAGGAGACUCAAAUGAUUUCUAUAAAUGGCUUAAAAAGCUCUUAAUUCUUCUUUGAAGUGUCAAAUCUUUCACACAUUUCAUUACUUUAAUCUACCAAGUGAGAUGGGACACUACUGUCGAACACACUCCAAGAAGUGGACAUCACGCACGGUGAUGACAUUACUAUAUGCCGAAGGAUACCACUCUUAACAGCCGCUAACGCACCCACUAACAUAGGUGUCCAUGGGCGGCGAUGGCUGGCCUUUUGAGUGUCCCAUAGGUUCGUUUGCCUAUUCUAUAAAAAAAUAAUAAGUCGUAAUUCUACUGUAACAUAUAAAAAUGUUGCCAUCAGAUCUGGUGAUUCGAGAGCGUUGCAUCUAUAAUGAAUCAUCCUGGACUUCUGCCGUUAAAAUUUGUUUUGAAAUAAUUCAGUUUUAUGUAUCUAUAUACUUAAUCCGAACCUUAAUGGCAGAUUAUCUUUUUAAGAUGUUCAUUUCGUGCCACCAAUGAAGUGUAUGUAAAACAAAUGAGUUUGAUAACGCCACCUAUCGGAGCGUGUUUGUAAAUAUUUUGUGACGAGCAAAAUUAAUCUAUAAUUGAACCCUUUUAAUCAUAUUUUUAACUGUCAAUGAACCCCAUUAAAACGCUAAUGAAAUUACAUGUUACCGACCGCUUAAUUACUCAAAUGCGACGCCAUGUAGAGUUAAAGAAACAUGGCGCCAUGAAAAGCAAUUGUCGAUAAAAACACACAACUUUUGUCCGUAUUGUUUGAAAUGUUUUUUCUUAUUGCUAAUGGUGACCGUUUCAUUGAAAUCUAUUUCGCGUUUAAAAUCGAAAUUUAUUUAUGUGUCAUACACAUAGAGGUUUCCAACGGAUAAAUGAAUUGAAAUUACAAAAAAUCCAUUUCAUGACCUCAAAAUCUAAAUUUGUUUGUAAAAUGAUCUCUCAAAACUCAGAUUUGUUUCCGAUGGUAAUCAAAUUACGAACACAUACCCUCUGGCGCACCUACUUACAAGUAACUGUCUCUCUAGAUUAAUGUUCUUGCCAAAAAACAUGUCAUACAUUUAAGAUGUUGUUAUACUCAUGCGGUUUAGAUUGAUUGUAGGAGACAACUCUCAGACGCUUUUGCGUAAUGGGAAGUGUUGUUUGUGAAUCAUAAAACUCGAAUACACAUUCGCGUUAGAAGUCCAUUUUAUGUCACUUUAAUUAAAAUUUCAUAAAUUUGUAUGCUAUGUGAUUUUGGGAAACACGAAGUAUAUAAAAAUUAUUUAGGAAUUCAACUUUGAAGGUGUGUAGCUAGUCACAUAAAAUUGGCUGUUCUUUAUUCAAAAUUAUAAUCGAAUUUAGUUAAUUAUUAGAAUUUUUGAACAUUUAUUUGUAAUCUAUUUUUUGGUGUAACUGAAUUUUAUAUAAUUUUAACCUUGCUUUUUGUGAGCCUCAUAUAAUGUUGUACUUAUUUUUAAAUACGUGUAUAGCAGGCACAAAUGUUUUUUCAAUUCUUUUUAACACUAUCUUUGCUAUGCUUAUAAAAUACGUAAGUAAGCCAAUAAAGUUUUUAAGUUUAUUAUCUAUCAUAGAUUUAUGUUUGACGCGAUUUUUUCAAUAAACUUAGACGCGUGUAUAACCCUACUUCUUGCGUUGAGAUUCGGUAUAAUCUAUUCAAUUUAUUAAGCAAUCAAACAACAAACUCCUAUAUUUGUUAUUUAUCAUUAAAUUUUUCUGUAACUCCGUAUUGUAAAGUCUGGAUUUUGUCUUCGUAAUUUUAAUAACGGGCAUAAUUAAAUAUACUAUUGGCAUGGUUCUAGGUUAGUUUAAAGACUUAUUGCGACCUAUCUGUCAAAAUCCCAUUAACUUAAACCCGUACAGAAUCAUUUUCUGAGAAUAAGCGGCUAGUUAAGGGAGUGAACAUUUUAAUCGAGUAACAAGCGAUCGAGUCGAAAGUUUCAGUUCUUUUGUUGUUCUAAUCUAUGAUAAGAUAACUGACUCUGUACGGGUAUCAAUUCUCACUUAACCUUACAGUUCAUUAUUAUUGAUUAUUUGUUAUUUAUUCCCAAAAGUACUCUAUAAUAGUUCGCAACUGCGUGCCGGCCUUUUAAGAAAAUAUUUGUAUGAAAUAAUCUUUCUUCUCUUUGUCGUUAAACAUUUCAUGCAGACGUUGCGUUUAAUACUUUCUCAAACUCAUUGUGCAACUGAGAUAUUAUAACAACGACAGAUAAAUAUUAUUAUUACAGAAUUAUUGAAUACAAUAACUUGUAAUAUAAUAACAAUGUACUCUUUGAUAUUUCAAAGAGUACAUCUUUGAUCUAUCAAAGAAUACAGUCACACUUCGUCUAUACUUUUAUUUUCUCGUAAAUGGCAACUUAUUAGUUUUAUUACGGUGUAAUGCACGUGAAAUAUAUGGUAAUGUCAGGAGUAAUCUACAGCAAAGAAUUGUCUUUACCGGUGAAAUAGGAAAUGUUACUGCCAUAUGCCUUAUUUUGAGCAAUAAUGUGUGAUAAAAGCAGACUUAUAGUUGAUGCAAUAUCAUUGUUAUAUGAAUAGAUUUAAUGCCUACAGAUCUGCACGAACAAAACGAAUGAUCGAACAGUUAUAGUAAUACCAAUUCUUUCUAUAAAAUAGUUUUUGAAAAUAUCUAACAAAGCUGUGGUAAUGUUUGUGCUGUGCUCGGUACUGUGAGGUUUCAUCAUUCAAAAAUGUGCACAAGUUUUCCAUACAAAACUCCAUUACUGUAACGAUUCGACUAUAUAUCUCGUACUAAGGGUAUAAUUCUUAUACAAGCGGAUAAAAGCUUUUUUCUAUAGUUUUAUAAAGUGGACUAAGUAGUACAUUGCCUGUGGUGUUGUGAGAGCAUAAUAAAAUGUAAUUCUUUUUUACAAUUUCGUAUAUAAGCUGUUGUAUAAAUCUUUGAAAAUUAUUUUUGUAUUUAAAAAUAUUCUUAGCACAACAUAAUAUGUAAAU